UAUAUUUUCCUUUUCCUCAACUAAGACAUCAAUUCCUUUCUACUCCUUUUUCAGUUCCCUGUGUUUCUGAUGGUUUGCCUAAACCUGCAAAUAGCACUUUCUCAUCCAUAAACAUGAAGAAUGUCCUACAGUGGAAUCCACCAGAGGGCCUGACGGGAGUUGAAGUUAUUUAUACUGUGCAGUGUUUCAUAUACGGGCAAAAGAAAUGGCAGGAUAAAUCUGAGUGCAGGAAUAUCAGUAGGAUGCACUGUGAUCUCUCAGCUGAAACCUCUGACUAUGAACACCAGUAUUAUGCCAAAGUUAAGGCCAUGUGGAAAACAAAUUGUUCCAAAUGGGCAGAAACUGGACGAUUCUACCCAUAUUUAGAAACACAGAUUGGCCCACCAGCAGUUGCUUUGACUAGUGAUGAGAAGUCCAUUUCAAUUGUUCUGACGGCUCCAGAGAAGUGGAAGAGAAAUCCAGAAGAAGGUUCUGUUUCCAUGCAACAAAUAUACCCCACUUUGAAAUAUAACAUGUCCGUGUACAAUACCAAAUCAAAUAGAACGUGGUUGCAGUGUGUGACCAACCGCUCGCUCGUGCUCCCCCGGCUGGAGCCAGACACUCUGUACUGCGUCCGUGUGGAGUCCCUCGUCCCUGGGCCUCCUCGCCUUACUCGGCCUUCUGAGAAGCAGUGUGUUAGUACUUUGAAAGAUCAGACAUUGGCGUUGAAGAUUAAAAUCAUCUUCUGCUAUGUUUUGCCCAUAUCUGUUACCAUGUUUGUUUUUGCUGUGUUGGGAUACUCCAUGUACAGAUAUAUCCAUGUUGGCAAAGAGAAACACCCAGAAAAUUUGAUUUUGAUCUAUGAAAAUGAAUUUGACAAAAGAUUCUUUGAACCUGCCGAAAAAACUGUGAUUAACUUUAUCACCCUAAGUGUUCUGGAUGAUUCUAAAAUGUCUUGUAAGGAUAUAAGUUUAAUGGAAAAAAGCAGUGAUGUAUCCAGCCUUAACGAUACCAAGCCCAGUGAGGACCAGGAGCCCCAUCAGACGGAAGAUGAGGUGAAACACUUAGGGUAUGCUUCACAUUUCAUGGAAAUUUUCUGGGACUUGGGGAGAAACACAAAUGGUAUUUCCCUGCCCCAGCACGAGUCACUCAGCAGAACAAGAGCCAUGGAUGAAACAGUCAUAGAAUAUGAAUAUAAUGUAAAAAUUACUGAUAUUUCUGUGGGGUCUGAAGACCAAGAGCUUAAUUUGCAGGAGGAGGUAUGCAUACAAGGAAAAUUAUUUGAGCAACAGGCACCUCUGGCAAACUUGGGCCAACAGACAUUAUUGUAUCCAUAUGUUCCCCAGCCCAGAGACUUAGACCACCCAAUGCAGGAGCUCACAGACACUGGGCAGGGGCCAGAGGAAGAGCCAUCAACAACACUGGUUGAUUGGGACCCUCAGACUGGAAGGCUAUGUAUACCUCCAUUAUCUGACUUUGAACAUAACUCAGAGGGAUGUGAGCAUUCUUAGUGUGUUGGGCUCACGGAGGACAGCCUUUUGUCCAGGCUGUAUGAGGAGCAGGCUCCAGACAGACUACUGGAAGAAAAUGAAACCUAUCUCAUGCAAUUUAUGGAGGAUUUGGGAUUAUACAUACAAACAGAACACUAA